UUAAAAUCACCACUUCCCAAUUUAUUAGUUGAAAGCAGCGUUUUCUUUUCCUCCCUCUUUUUUUUCCGUUCCCCUUUUCUCCUCAAUAAUAAGCUCUGAAUCGUCCCCGAGCAAAUUCUGCAUCGAUUAAAAAAGCUAUGGCGAUGCAAACUGGAGUCGCUUCCUCUAAAGUUCUUAUCCUCGUCGGCGCAGGUCUGACUGGAUCUAUUAUCUUGAGGAAUGGACGGCUGUCCGAUGUUUUAGCGGAGCUUCAGGAAUUAAUGAAGGGUGUUAAUCAAGCUGAGAUUUUGCCAAACCAUUAUGAUGCCUCUCUUCUUGCAGCUCAGAUACGGAACUUGGCUCAAGAGGUUAGGGAUUUGACUUCAUCUAGACCAGUGCAUAUAUUCAAUGGGGACUCUUCUAGUGGGGGUUUAUCGUCAUACAUAAUGCCUGCUGCUGCGGUGGGAGCAAUGGGAUACUGCUAUAUGUGGUGGAAGGGCUGGUCCUUCACCGAUGUCAUGUUUGUCACAAAACGUAAUAUGGCCACUGCGGUUGCCAAUAUGUCCAAACAAUUGGAACAAGUAACUGCAGCUCUAGCAGUUACAAAACGACACCUUACUCAACGGCUUGAAAUUUUAGAUGGAAAACUUGAUGAACAAAAGGAGACAUCUAAACUUAUCAUGAAUGAGGUAACUGAGGUUAGAACAGAUCUUUCUCAAAUUGGAUUUGAUGUAGAAUCAAUUCAGAAAAUGAUUUCUGGCCUGGAAGGGAAAAUUGGACUUCUUGAAAGUAAACAGGAAAUGACUAAUACUGGCAUUUAUUAUCUAUGCCAAGUUGCUGGAGGAAUUAAGGAUGGAUUCAAUACCAAAUUUUUUCAGGAAGCUAGUUCAAAACUUCAAAUUAAUCGAUCAUCACCCACCUUUUCUGAGGUCGAACCCCUUCAGGGAUUACAAUUUCUCACGAAUUCUCUCAGUCCUGAAGAGGUGAAGGAAUUAAAGACGAAUGAUACCUUGCAGAAAGAUGCAAGUGAAAAAACCUUGAAGAAUACUAUCCCAAAGCUGACAACACUACAUAGGUCAUAUGCAAGUGGGAUUUCUCUAAGAAAGGAAGGUAUUAUCCUUUGAUAAGUUGGAAAUAUUAUCUCAUCAUCAAUGACAACUAUUUUUUUUCUCCAAUUGAUUCAUUUGCCACUGCCACUCAUAUUGGCUUGAUAUAGAAACAUACAUGUACAUACAUUAAGGUCAGAUUUUCAGCUAAAGGACAAUAUGGUUCUUGUACAAGUAUUAAAAACAAAGGCUAUGUGGUGAUUUGAUUUUUUUUUCCCUCCUGUGAAAAGAAAUGUAGUAUUGUGAUGGUCUCAAAGACUGGCAACUUUUUGACGUAGGCGUAUGAUGAAGGAGAGUGGUUUGUUUUGUUGUCGCAGCAAAAGAAAUGACAUCAAGUUUGAUGUCGAGUGCUUUUUGUUGUGGUACCCUGUUAGCAUUUUUGGAUUUUAACAAGUGAUUAUGCACUUUGCACUGUAAGAAGUAUAAUCAUUUAUAUCACUUAUGGCUGGUGUUA